AUGGGGCGGCGCAAGAAAGACAAACUGCAGAAGGACCAGGCCGCCUGCGCGCAUUUCACUGCGAUGCGGGCGGCGAGGUCAGCAAGGAGGCAGUCCGAUGCCGCAACUCGAAUCCAGGCUAAUGCAAGGAUGAGAGCGGCCCAGAACAAGGUGGACUCUAUACGUCAGGCUGCAAGGUUGGCAAACAAGCUGGUGCGUGGUUUCUUGGCCCGCCGCAGAGUGCGAACGCUGCGGCAGUUGCAGGUCUUACUGGGACGAGUUGGGAGCACCAUGACGAAGACCAAGCAAGAAUUGGGCUCAGAGGCCUCGAAAAUGGCAUCCACCAACGAGGGCGAGGGAUCGCAGAGCUUGUGGCAAGAGUUUACCCGACUCUGCUGCUGCGCCCGCCGCCAAGAAGAAGGACGACGGCAAGCCCAAGCCAGUGGCUGCGACAUCUACAUGGUGGCAGCAGCUGCUGCAGCUCACGUGCUGCGCCCGUCGUGCCGUCUGCUGGAAUCUGGCCUGUCGCACGCGAGCGCUAGCUGA